CGAAACGUCAUGGAGCAAUUGCGGUCUUUGCUCGCCGAUGACACUGGCGGCAGCCAGAAAAGGGCUGUCGGCCUGAUGAUCCUGGCCGCCGCCCUAGGUCUGCUGCUCGUCCUGCGCGUGUGGGAACGGGACCGUCUCGCGUCGUUCCCGGGCCCGAGACUUGCGGCGUGGACGCGCCUCCACGCCGUGGCCGCUGUGUUGAGCGGGAGAGAGCACGAGAUCAUGCUGGAGGCCCACCGCAAAUACGGGCCGGUGGUGCGGUGGGCGCCUAACACGCUUCUGAUCAGCGACCCGAUGGCGCUGCCCAAGGUGUACCACCUGCGCGCAAACAAGACACCACACUACAACCAGGGACCGAGUGAGUUCAAGAGCAUGGUGGAGGAGAAUGACUGGCGGGAGCAUCGCCGAAAGCGCCACCGGGUCGACCCCCUGUUCUCCGCCAAGUGGGAUCAGAAUGAUGAGCCCUUGGUUGACCGGUUCAUCGCCGAUUGGAUCGAGGCCCUGACGGCCAGGUUCACGGUGCCCAAAAGUCAGGUCUUUGACUUCUCGGACUGGCCCAACUAUCUGGUGCUCGAUAUCGUCUUCAACCGUUUCUUCUGCCGAGACAUGGGCUUCCUCAAAUACGGGGACAAGACCGGGCUGCUGGCCGGCACCCGCGCGAACAACGCACUCAUCCAUGCCCUCGCGCGUGUCCCGGAAGUCAAGAACUUCCUGCUACACAAGUUCGGGCGGUUUCUAGUUCCCACACCAGGUGAUGGGUCGGGACUCGGACAUGUUCUUGCUUUUCGAGACGAAAUCCUCCAGGAGAGACUGUCCAAGAGCGAGAAUAACCCCCAGGUCAGGCUUGACAAGGUUCUGUUCGAUCCAGCCAAUGCAGGCAUGGAGCUGGAAGAAUUCAGGGAGGAUAUGCUGUUCAUCAUCUUGGGAGCCAGCGACACUACAGGGCACAGCAUCCGCUGUCUCAUCCGCAACCUGCUGCAGAACCCAUCUUGCCUCCUUCGGCUGCGACAAGAGCUUGAGGCCGUGCUACCCGUCGGCAGUGCCAACGCCUCGAGCAUCUCCUUCGCCAAAAUCAAAUCCCAGAUGCCGUACCUGACGGCGUGCAUGCGCGAGUCGCUGAGGCACGACCCACCCAUCGUGAGCUACCUGCCGCGCUGGGUCGACAGCAGCAACAACAACGAUAACAACAACGGUACCAGUGGCACGGAGCUGUGCGGGAACUUCGUCCCCGCGGGCGUCGAGGUGGCGUGCUCGCCCUUCGUGCUCAACCGCAGCCGCGAGCUGUUUGGCGACGACGUCGACGCGUUCCGGCCCGAGCGGUACGCCGAGGCCACGCCCGAGUGGCUGGCGAAGGCGGCCCGGUACGACUUUACCUUCGGCUACGGGCCGCGGCAGUGCAUCGGCCAGACGCUCAGCCAGUUCAUCGCGUACAAGGCCAUCGUGCAGCUCCUUUACCACUUCGACAUUGACCUUGUAGAGCCGGGAACGGGCAAAGCGUUCCUGGUCUGGAACUACUCGGGGAUGAGGAUACGGUUGACUAGACGGGUCUGACAUCCGGGCUAGAGGGAAUCUAGGAGUGCAGGUGCGACAUGAGAUGCAAAACGAGCG